GCCGGAUAACACAUGGAGGGAACAGAGAAGAGGAUGAAAAGUUAACAGAAAGGAGGACUAGGGCUCUGAUUGGCUGAGAGUCACCUGACCGAGCCUUAAAUUCUGCCGUUGGAGGGGUUGGGGGGGCACAGAUGGAGCAGCACGCGGGCUGCAGGAUGACACGCGCGGCUGUGCUCGUGCUCGUGAUGAGCGCUCUGAUCCCAUCUCAGGGCGGAGGGCGCGCGGCUGCUGCCCCAGAGCGCGGGACGCACGCGGCAGGUGUGCUGUGGAUCCUCCGCAGGAGCGAGGAAGACUCUGGCGCCGAGGCGGCCGGGCUGUGCUCGUCGCUGCGGGAGGACGAGGAGCAGCUGCUGUGCGCCGACCGCCGCAGCAAGUUCAACUACAACCCGUUUGGGCUGCGCUUCGGGAAACGACUGAGCGGAGCUCCGCCCCCCAGAGGAGCACACAGGGCGCGGAUCAUCAAGCUCCCUCCCAUCUCCCUGUUCCAGCCCGACCUGGAGGUGCCCACCUGAACCCCCCCCCCUCCAGUAUUCCACAAGGACAUGUGGGAGAGGGGGGUCAGAGGGUCAGACUUUUGUACAGUGUUUGUGAACUCUUUCAGAGAAAGUUCAGCAUGAAAAUAAAGUGGAAACGUGUUCAUGAUUCCU